CGACGACAGUUACAUCCCCUCCGCCGCCUUCGUCAGCGCUCGCGCCAACCUUGGUGGCUUCCAGGCUAACUACCUCCGCGCCGGUGCCAUGGUUUCCAGCGUGAGCGACCUGAUCAACCUCCUCGGCGAGCAGUUCCAGCAGAACUCUCAGAACGCCCGCUCCCACAAGUCUGGCAAGCACUCCAGCUCCGGCUCCAGCUCCAGCUGGUCCGUCGAGAAGAUCGCCAACAUGCUCAACAUCGAGGCUGACCAGUCCGAGCAGGUUGAGGCCAACUUCCUGAUCAACGUCCUGUCCCAGCAGCGCUUCUUCACCCUCGACAACCACACCGUCGAGCAGAUCCCCCAGUACCUGAAGCACGCCGCCAACACCCUCCGCUCUGGCGAGAACUUCAACUACACCAAGCUGUACAACCGCUACUCCCUGACCAUGGGCUUCCCCACUGAGAUGGGUCUGCCCCUCGUCUACACCCUGAAGGCCCCCACCCUGGUCACCGUCGGCGGCGAGGCUCGCGUCCGCACCCAGCCCGACAUGUCCAACGGCCCCAAGGAUGCCGCCCAGAUCCCCAACACCGUCAACGCCACCGCUGACAUCCACUUCACCUACUCUACCCGCACCGAGGCCAAGAUCGGUUUCAUCACUCCCUUCGACCACCAGCGUUACAUCGCCGGUCUGGACAAGGACGUGCUCGUGAACCUGCCCAUCCGCGCCAACAUUGACCUCGACCUGGAGAACGCUGAGGUGCGCGUCAAGCUGCAGCCCAUCAACGCCAACAAGAACUUCAAGAUCGCCCAGUUCUCUUGCCAGCCCUACACCGCCCAGCACAACAUCCUGGACCUGACCCCCGUCGACCAGAUGCCCAUCCAGCUGCGCAAGCCCCAGCAGGCUAACUUCACCGUCGGCCAGGACACCACCGGCAUGGCUUUCCGCAUCGACGCCGCCAGCGAGGCUCCCUUCGCUGACUUCGCCGCCAUGUACAACCAGGCCAAGAACUACGACGCCUUCUCCGCUCUGAUGUUCCCCACCGCCGAGCAGACCAUCAAGGCCUACGAGUUCUCCGUGUCCUUCGACCACCAGAAGACCUCCGCCAAGUCCGUCACCCUGACCGCCUCCUACGACAACGACUACUGGCAGGACUCCAACGACUCCAAGGCCAACAAGAACAAGCGCUCCAGCGACUCCUCCGAGUCCAACGACUUCAGCGCCGAGGCCAAGCACGCCAACCCCAGCCAGAACCUCGCUAACCCCGCCAACGCCAACGCCAACAGCGAGAGCCGCCAGCAGCAGUUCCUCCGCCGCGCCGCCGCCGGCAUCAAGGCCAGCAACGCCUCCGUGAUUGACCUGUCCGCCGUCUUCAACGGUGAGCACAAGGCUCAGUUCAUCGCCACCGCCGCCUACGCCAACAGCCAGGUCGACGAGAAGGCCCGCGUCCUGGUCUACCUGCGCAAGUCCCCCGCCCGCUCUUCCUCCGAGAACAAGGAGCAGCAGCUCGCCAUGACCCUCUCCGCCAAGAUGCCCAACGUUCCCGCCAUGAACUUCCAGAAGGCCCUGAACGCUGACCCCAAGAGCCAGAUCCAGGCCCAGAUCGCCUUCGGCGAGAAGCUCGACUCCUCUGCCUCCCAGAUCAACAUCAACGCCCAGAUGAAGCAGACCUCUGCCCGUCGUGAGUUCGUCCGUCGUCAGCCCAUCGCCCAGCUGUGCGAGCAGCAGAUGGAGCACGGUAACAACUUCCUGCCCGCCUGCCAGAACGUCACCGCCCAGGCCAACAUCAUGGACCUGUACAACGUCAACAUCAACUUCGACAAGAUCUCCCAGCGCGUCAAGAACUGCACCUACAAGGCCUACGCCGCCGCCCGUUACUUCGGCUGGCAGUACAGCUCCGAGAACUUCGUCAACCCCAAGAACUCCCACAACAACAAGGUCGAGCUUGAGCUCCGCUUCGCCCCCAACAUGAAGUCCGCCAACCUGUCCCUCGACGCUCCCGCCAUGAGCGCCGAGUUCAACAACGUCCGCCUCAACCCCUGGGUUGCCCGCGCUGCCGCCAUCCACCCCAUGUACAGCCAGAGCCAGCUGCUCGCCCAGAAGGCCCUCGCCGGUGGUUUCCCCAUGUGCGUCGUUGACCAGAGCGCCGCCAACACCUUCGACAACAAGACCUACCCCCUGAACCUGGGCAACAACUGGCACGUCAUGAUGCAGUCCGUCCCCAAGGUCGACGCUGACUCCAGCUCCAGCUCCUCCAGCCAGGAGGACGCCACCGAGAAGGUCUCCGUCCUUGUCCGUGACUACAGCAACUCCCACAACCAGAAGGAGCUUAAGGUCAUCUUCGACGAGGAUGUCAUCGAGUUCACUCCCAGCUCCGGCUACCCCACCAUCAAGGUCAACGGUCUGACCGUCCCCGUGUCUGCCGGCCGCGCCGGUCAGGCCAAGAGCCACUCUGGCGACGUCUUCGCCGAGGUCUACCCCCUGCCCGCCAACACCGUCAAGUUCUACGCUCCCAACCAGCAGAUCGAGAUCCUGUACGACGGCAACCGCGUCGCUCUGAUCGUCGGCCAGACCUACCGUGGUGAGGUCCGCGGUCUCUGCGGUACCUUCGACGGCGAGAAGUUCAACGACUUCACCGCCCCCCGCAACUGCGUCCUCAAGAACGCUCAGCAGUUCGCCGCCACCUGGGCCAUCAACCCCUCCGGUUCCGUCAAGGAGCAGCAGCAGAAGGCCAACCAGGCCGCCUGCUUCCCCGAGCGCAUCCUGUACGGUGACGUCAUCAGCGACAACGAGGCCGGCCGCUACCAGCCCCGCCACAGCCGCAGCUCCAGCAAGUCCCACAAGUCCAGCAGCUCCUCCCGCAAGUCCUCCCCCAAGACCGCCGCCGGCUGCACCAGCCACCGCGUCAAGGUCAUCGAGCAGGACAACCAGAUCUGCUUCUCUCUGCGCCCCCAGCCCGCCUGCAACGCCCACUGCCAGCCCACCCAGAAGGUCGAGAAGAAGAUCGACUUCCACUGC